GGCAGCGUCUGUGUUCAUUCCGGCGGUGACGUCAUGACGUCGACGAUAAGGCGAAAACGGUGAGAGAAAUCGAGCACGCAAAGGAACGUGACGGGACUUUACAUGUCUAGGGACUGACUUUUUAAAUAACUGAGCUCCGUUGCAUUGUCUGCUAUGGUGAUGGCACACAGCCUCUGUUACAGCUCAUUGACACCUUCUGGCAGGCAGCUGUUUCAGUCCCCCACACUGGAAGUAUAUGGGAGGAAUGCAUCAUGUGCUGCAGCACGUAUCCAGAAUCCAUUAUGCUGGCAAACAGACUGUUUUGUACCAGCACACACUUCCACUACACAUCUGGAAGGAAAAGGCUGUAAGCAAGGAGAUGGAAUAAGUGAAAGCAUGGACACCAGUGUGGAGUCUCCAGAAAACAAUCCAGUGUUAAGUGCAGUGAGAACAACUACAACAAACGCUGAAUUGAAGAAUCCUCCUUUGAGGAAUGAGUCUUUUUUCCGGAGAAAGCACAAGCGGGAGCAGGAGGAAGAUGAUGCUCCUGCUAGGAAAAAACGUCUAACGGAGAAGAUGCUUGACUGUCUGGUGACUUCAGUGAAUGUGUCAUGCAGCUCUUGGCCUUACACUUUCAACCCCCAGGAAAGUGGGAUAUCUGAUGUUGCAUCCCCUUCUUGGCAGAUUGGACCUAGCUCACAGGAAUUUAGGGUUAUCGAGAAUGAAGCAACCUACGUGGAUAUGAAACCUGAUCCGAGCGAAGAAGGAUUACAGAAACUGAAGGAGAUUGAAAAUCGGCUUGUUGAGGGAGACGAUCCAGAAGGUGAUGGAAUUGAGGUUUCAGACAUGCCAGUGUUAGUUUUGUCUGAUUCUCUACGAGAAGAACUGAGGCCUGGCCUGGAAGAAAUUUUGCCUCGUAGAAUAAUGGAAUCCCUCACAGUGAUAGUACCACACAACACGAUGCAAGGUAUUCUCAAUGUCAAGACUGGACUUCACCACUCAGUCCUUAAAGAGAUGGCCACUCCUACCAAUACUAUCAUGGACAUCUGCAGCAGGCAGAUUGGAAUCGCCCAUGUAUGGAGCUUGUUUUGUGGAGACCCCCAUGUGAGCCACUUUCAGAUAAACUUGCAGCUUUAACAGAGCAAAGAAACUCCAAACAUAGGCAGCCACAGUGCAACCCUGAUGUGUACAACAAGAGCCCAAAAUUGGAUUCAUCCUUAAUGUGCGGUGAUAUGAAUCUAGCCAACACAUCUGAAGAAGACAUGGAGCUUUAGAAACAACUUGCAGGACAGACGUGUGGGGUAAAAGCAUUCUGACUUGCAAAGACUCUCCAUGGGAAGGUGUGGAGUAUUUUCUGUUCAAGUUUUAAAAACUUUUAAAAAUGACAUUUUGGAAGUUUUGAUGCCCCCACUGUUCUUGCAUAAACCAAAUUCUGAACAUUGCUGCAGUUUUGUACAGUUUCUGUGUAAUGACUGCAUAUGGGGUAGCCUUUCUAUUUUUGUAAGCCUGUUCCUAUUGCAGUCAAUUGGUCUAAGCUGUGAAGUAACUAAUCACAGUCCAAUAUCAUUUCUUUUUAACAACUGAUGUGCUUGGGGCAGUAAGUACUCUAAUUUAUAAUGCACCCAAGAUGCUAAUUGUUUUUGUUUCUAUUUAAAUAGAUGGUAAGGUAGGAAAUUGGGAAAAGCUUUCCAAGAGUUGUGCAUGAGAUUUGUAGAGUGUAUGGAUAUACAUGGAAGGUAUUUUGGACUGUUCUUAAAUGUUGAAUGUAAAUGUUUUACGAGUGACCUGUCCCUUGCUAGUCAUGAACCCAUGAUAAACGAUAGGUUUUCCUAUGCUGUCUCUGACAAACGGGAUAAAAAUGCUACGGAGAAUCUUAAUUGGAGUAAAUGCAAAAGAAUAUCAUUUUUGUAAUUCGGUCUCAUUUGUGCAAGCAUGUCUUGGUAAACCUGUUACUUUUGAACCUAUUUCUUACAGCAGCUGUGGGAAACCUGCAUAUCGCUUACUGCUUGAAGAAUAUCCUCAUUUUUAUCCCAGCAAAUGAAAACGGUAGCCUAAUUUAAUUGACUAGGACUUGCUUGUUAACAUUUCUUUUAGAAAGUUUAGCAUUGUAGACACCGGUAUUUACAGACCUAUUGGUGAGGGGUUGCUUUCCUUGUAAAGCUGAAUUUACUGGUCUUACAAACCAAUACGUGGAUUUUUUUUUUGUUUUGUAUUGUGUUUCUAGGAAAAGGGGGGCAGAGGGCUGUUUGCAGCUUUUAAGCUUGUUUUGACAUUCAGUUGAUCAUGGCUGAUCUGUUCUCACCUUCAUUCAAAUAUUCGAAUCUGUUUCAUUUUUUUUGGUUCAAAGCAAAUGCUUGUCUCUUUCGGGAACAGUCUUUACAGCUUUGAAAUUAACCUAGGAUUUGGUUGCCUGUUUGAAUGUAGGAUAAAAGUAUUGAUGUGUUGGAGUAUUGGAGUCGAGACUGCGGACCACGGAGAAAGGAGAUUGUUGAGCAGGCUAACACAAUGGCUGCCAACUGAUAUUUAGGUGUUUAGAUUACAAGGUGUAAAGCUGGCAAUCACCUACUCUAAUAGCAGUUUGGGGGGACACUAGCACAAGUAUUAGGCCUUUACAGUUUCUAACUAUUUCCUAAUUUAACUUCAGUGUCACCAUGUAGAACCCUGUGUACAACUAUUAAAAUGGUUGAAGUGAAGUGCCAAGAUGUUAACAAAUAUCAGAAUCUUAAAAUAACAUAUGAAGCGAUGACCAAAACACUGCACAUCAAAUGCAGUCAACCAAGGUUUGUCAUAAAUUUUAGCAUAACCUCUUUGCUUUUCAUUUUUCUCCUAGAUUUGAGCUCUUAUGCUUUUUCUGAGAUCUUACAAAUCUGGCUGUAACUUUCACUGAUUUCAGUAUUUCUACAAAGAUCCUUUUACAGUACUCUGUUUUGAUCCCGAUUUUCAAAUAAUAUGACCUCUUUUCCAAAAUGUAAGACGUUACACUUUGAAAUGAAUUUGCUAAUUAAAUACUAUUCUGCAAUGUUUUUAUUGUUUUGAAAUGACUUAUUUUCGGAAAUGACUAUCUCUUUGAACAUCACCAAGAUGUGAUUAACUUAACAGAUUUCAAAUUUUGGUUCCAAAGAUUAAAUUGUUAAUUUUAAAUAAGUAAUUCCAGCUCUGAUCCUUGCGGAAUUCCACUUCUUUUGAUAAUCUACAACUCUGAGGAGCUGUCUUUUACUGCUGCACCCUUCUUACUGUCUUGAAGCUAGAUAACUAACCACUCUUCUAGUGCAUCUUGAUUCCUUGUGAUCUAUAUUGAUUUAGUCUAUUAUGUGGCACUUCAAAAAAGGCUGUUUGAAAAACUGGAUAUAUUGUAUUAACAUUGUGUACCCUGUCAUGUUUUCAAAUAAUUUAAUGAGGUUGGGGAAUUUUCUAUCUUGCUUCUGGAAUAUAAUUAUAAUGUCAGCUGUCCAGUCUUCUGAAAAAAAGAUACAUUUAUUUAAUGUGCAAUAGUGCAUUGACUAUCUCAUCAGUUUUUAACAUAGUUAUAAUCGAUCCAGAUUUGGUUUUAUCACCUUUUGACUGGUUAGUUUGUUUCCUGUUACUUGAAAUGCAGUUAUAUUGUUUCUACGCUUCUCUUGAUGUCAUGACACCAGAUCUGUCCCCUUUCUGAAUGUUGAAGUAAUCCACAUUCCUCUCAAAGUAUUAUCAUUAUCUCCUGAAUUUAUCUUGUCCAUCCUCCAGUGAACCUAUUCCCAUCCUGACAUUUUAUUUUCAUUUAUUUGUGCAUAAACAUUUUACUGUUCUGCUUUAAUUUAGUAGCUGUUCUUUGCUUUCCUAAUUUGUUCAUUUAAUUCCUCUAAGGGAAAAUAUGAAGAUAUUAUGUUGUCUCCUGCUUUACAACAAGAAUUAACCUGAUAAAAUAACAACUCCUUACAGAAUAUCUUGGAUACAACUCCCACCUUUUGAGUGACCAAGAAAUUAAAUAGGAUAGGUAAACUUUUGUAAAUAUGAAGCAUGAUGGCUAUCAAAGACUUAUUUUGAUACUAAAUUGAUACAGCUCCCAGCUGCACAAGUUGAGGUGCAUUUAUUUGUAGCUUUGUAAUUGGAUAUUAUUGGUAGUUUUGUAGAAAUGAGAAAUUCAGCAUUUUUGGAAAGUUUUUAUAUAGCUUGAAAGUGAUUGCUCUUUCAUUUAACAAUGCAAAAUCUGGCAGAAGCAGUUGUUGAACAGGACAAAUUGUUUACUUGCCAUGAAAUGGCUCAUCUAAUUGGUAAAAAGCAGCAUUCUCAUGUAGCUGACUUCAAGUUUAACAUGUUAGCGAAAUACCUAUAACAAACGAUCUUGAGAAAUUACUACGUUCUCCAUGAUCACUGCAGAAUUUUUGAAGUAGACUUCUUUCCAAUGUUUGUACUUGUAAAUGCCUGUUAAUAUUCACAGCUCUUGAAAUUCUCCAGGUUUAUGAACGGGUGACUGGAUUUCCACAUAGUUAAUUCUUCCUGUGUGUUUUUUUUUUAAAUUUAACCUCAAGAUCUGUCAGUAAAUUACCAAUAUGCCAAAAGGUGCCAAUUGGUUUAAUUUUAAAUAAUUAAUUGAAAUUUGGCAUUUAGUGAAGCUGAUACUUAAUGUAUGGGUCAAUAUUUGUGAAAGGAUGAACUAUACCGAGGUUUUGAUGAAAUGCUGCCAUUAGGCAGCGCCCAAUUAUCUUAAAAGUGCGCCAUUGUAUAUAGUGUUUUGAUUCUAUUUAUUCUGUGCUGUACACUGGGUUUCUUUAGAGUUAAGAACCGUAAUGUACAGAGACUUUAUCUUCAUGGUUACUCUUUGCCUGAUUUUUAAUACUGAUUAAACUGCCUAUAAUUGCUCUCCAAUUUAAUUGUACACUAGUGUCUGUCUUCUGGCCCAGGCAGAGAUAGUAUGUAACUAAGAUGUUCCUUCUUGAUAUUUAGCGAUUGCUAUUACAAAAAUUGGCAUUAAUACAA